UAUUCACUUAGGCUUUUGAUUUGAACAGAGCACACAUGUUGCCCUGGCGUUUGAGGUUCCUGGUGGUUGGCAUAAGGAGAAAGAUGCCAUUGUUUUGACCGUUCUUCAGAUGCUUAUGGGAGGUGGUGGUUCAUUUUCUGCUGGGGGGCCUGGUAAAGGCAUGCACUCAAGGUUAUACCUCCGAGUUUUGAAUGAGUACCAGCAGAUACAAUCUUUUUCUGCAUUUAACAGCAUCUUCAAUGACACGGGUCUGUUCGGCAUUUAUGCUAGCACUGGUUCUAACUUUGUGGCCCAAGCAGUUGAUAUUGCUGCAUCAGAACUAAUCUCAAUUGCAACUCCUGGACAAGUUUCCCAGGUGCAGCUUAACCGUGCCAAAGAGUCCACAAAAUCUGCAGUUUUGAUGAACCUAGAAUCCAGGAUGAUAGUGUCCGAGGAUAUUGGAAGGCAGAUUUUAACAUAUGGAGAGAGGAAACCUGUGGAGCACUUCUUACAAGCUGUAGACUCGAUCACUUUGAACGAUAUUACCAACAUUGCCCAGAAAGUUAUAUCAUCUCCUCUAACAAUGGCGUCCUAUGGAGAUGUUAUUAAUGUCCCGACCUAUGAGUCUGUUAACAGCAGAUUUCACAGCAAAUGAGAUACCUGCACAUUUUAGAGCUCACCAUUUCUGAUGCUUGUGUUCAUGUUGUUCUUUGCCACGGAAGCAGUUUCAACUCCGCUCCACCAGCCGCAAUAAAAUUUUGAGUAAUGAAAGUCUUAUGAGAUGUAAAAUUAUCUGUUUGUUUUCAAUUCAUUGAGCUGCUCCUUGUGACUUGUGGAGGAGUUUUUGACCUAUUUAUUUGAAUGUUACCCUGGCCAGUUUUUCCCUUCA